UCUUCAUGUAGACCUAUUUUGUCCCUUCCUGUGUGACACAUUUGACUUGUUAAGCAAGAAAUGUUUGGACACUUCUGCUUUUGUGUCUCAGUUAAACUCUCAUGUUUUGAGAUGGCAAGAAUCCAGAUCAAUUUCUUCAUCAUCAUCUUCAUCAGCUUUGUGUUAACACAUACUCUCUCAGCUGUUCGUGAUGAUUUCUCAGCUGUACUUCCACACACAGUAACAGCUCUGACAGACUCUUGUGUGCUGAUACCCUGCACAUUCAAUAUCAAUACAUUUGAGGAAAAACUGCAGAACACAACACAGAUUUAUGGGAUUUGGCUGAAAAAGACAUCACGCUUUGCGGGAGACAAGAGUUUAGUAGUGUUUAACAGCAGUCAAAACAUCAUUCAAGGAUUCAGACACAUAGAGAUGAUUGGAAACCUCACUGAGAGAAACUGCAGCACUGUCUUCUAUAACAUCAUGAUGAAACAUUCAGACCCGUAUUACUUCAGAAUAGAAAUGGAGCCAAAUGGGUUCAGAGCAACAUUUAACACCAAUCUAACUCAUGCAAGUGAUUCAAGCAAGACUGUGAAGAUCAAUGUCACAGAUUCACCAAAACCUCCUGAGCUUAUGUCCAGUCAUAAUCUGUGUAAAUAUGUGAUGGAGGGCACUGCAGUGAAUCUGAACUGCUCUGCUGAAGCUCCCUGCCCCAAACAACCUCCUACAUUAUCCUGGACUAACAUCCCCAAAUCUGCCAACAUUAUAACACAGUUACAGGAGAAACCUGAUAAAACUCAUUCAGUGUUUUCCUCAAUGACCUUCAAUGCUUCAUACAUGGAUCACAAGAUGAACAUCUCCUGCACUGCAACAUAUCCAAGAAACAUCUUGAAUAACAUAACUGUGAUCAGCACAGUAAUGCUGAACAUUUCAUUUCCUCCAAAAGAGACUUAUAUUAUUAUUGAACCAUCUGCUUCAGUCACUGUGGGAACUAAUGUAACUUUCACCUGCAAAAGCAAAGCAAGUCCAUCAAAUGACAUGACGUACACCUGGUACAAACGUGGACAGAAGACACCUUUAGCACAGGAAAAGAAGAUGAGCUUCAUUGUAACUCAUAAUAAUACAGGAUGGUAUUUCUGCAUAGCAAUGAAUAAACAUGGCAACCAAUCAUCAAAAGAGAUUCAACUGUUCAUCACAGGAUCCUUUAAAGCUGUGAUUUAUGGCUGUAUAGGAGGACUUUUGGCUUUGCUCGUGAUUUCUGCAGUAUUUUAUUAUAUGAGGACAAAGACAUUGAGUCAGACCAAUAACAGAAGAAAAGAUCAGACUGAAGAUAAAAACAAAGAGCUGGAUAUCUAUUCUAACAAUGCUAUUGAGAUGAACAUGAAGAGUGAAAUGUCUGAGAAAGAAACUGAUGAGGUCCAUUAUGGAGAGAUUGACUUCUCCACACCACACACCGAUCACAUAAACAAGAAAAACUCAGAGACAGAGUAUGCUGAAGUUCAGAGAAAGAGACAAAUCAACAAUGUUCAGAAACAAGAGGAACUCUACGCUCAGAUCAAGAUAAACUGAAUGAAUGAACUCUUAAACAUUUAUUAUAUUUCACAGACAUUCGUAUAUGUUGGCUUAUAGCUGCAGUGAUAGCUGCCCAAUGCUCAACGUGUGAGUGUAAAUCCUGAGGUCAAAUUCUAAGUAUGGGUCAUUCAUUGGUCAUUACAUCACUUUUUACUUUCCCCAUAUCAAAUAUUUUAAUACCUUAUGUCUGUGAGUCUUUGCUAAAGAUUUGAAAUGUUUACAGAUUAUUACCAAGACAAGGAUUAGACAUAGACCAAAAUAGGAAAUAGACCAUAGCUAUUUGAUCAUCCACAUUUAAAAAGCUCUGUUUCAUAUAUGAAGAUUAACCUUAAUGUACUGUUCUCUUAAAAGUGUAAGGCACUGCUUUUGGGUUUUCUGCUAUAUGAGGACAUUUUUGCGAGCAUUGGGUUAUCAUCAUAGGCUGUGUUAUCUUUAGAUGUUGCAAAGAAGGUAUUGGUAAAGAUUAUGUGAUAAACUGAACGCUUCCCCAUAAACAAUUUGAAUAUGAAGGAUUUCAGAGAAAUAAAAUUAAUGCUUUCA